UGCGUUCCGAAACUCAUCGAGAAGGAAGUGUCUAACCUCGCCGCGAGUGUAUCAGAUUUUUGUGUAAUUUGUUUAUUCGUCGAAUAAAAAGUAUCUUGCGAAACGAAAAGAGUACGAUGUCUCUUUAAUUAUCUGACAGAUCCAUCAUUUGUUCCACGUUCGAUUUAGCAUGAUAUAAGCGUCUUUUUCCCAAAUGAAAUAGAACAGGCAGUGGAAAGAUACAGGGCUGUUUGGAAAACACUGCCAGUUUUCGCAAACGUUGAGAGGAUGCUGAAGCACAAUAUCUUAAAGACAUCAUGGUGUAAAUUGCGCACGCGAUAUAUGCAUAAAAAUGCCUCUCUCUCAGAGGCCUCUAAAAGUAAAGAGUGUGCAAUUUCAAGGAUACGUAACAUCGGCAUUCUGGCGCAUAUUGACGCUGGAAAAACGACCACAACUGAGAGGAUGUUAUACUAUUCGGGUCUCAUCAGAAAUAUGGGCGAGGUUCAUCACGGCAACACAGUGACCGAUUACAUGGAGCAGGAGCGUCAGCGCGGGAUAACGAUCACCUCGGCUGCCGUUACGUUCAAUUGGAAGGACUAUCGCUUCAAUUUAAUAGAUACUCCUGGUCAUAUCGACUUUACCAUGGAAGUCGAGCAGACUUUGCAGAUAUUAGACGGCGCGAUUGUGGUCCUGGACGGUUCCGCCGGCGUGGAGGCCCAGACGCUAACAGUUUCCAGACAAGCGGACAGAUAUAAUAUCCCCCGGAUAAUCUAUGUUAACAAAAUGGACAGAGCGGACGCUGACUUUGAUAUGAGUUUACGGUCUGUCGAAUCUAAAUUAAACGUAGAAACAUUACCUAUACAGAUCCCCGUGUUGAAUGCAGGAGUCUUAGAAGGUAUCGUAGAUGUGAUAACCAUGGAAAAGUUAACAUUCGAUAAGAAACAUCAAGGUAUGAAUUUAAUAAAGGCAAAAAUAUUUGAAAGCGACGACGGAAGACUAUGGGACGUUGCCAGUGAGAAGCGACGACUGUUGACCGACAAGCUGUCAAGCUUAGACGACAAACUGGCUGACAUUAUUAUAGAGCAAGAGUCUCUGGAUAAUGUGCAGCCACAAAUGUUGGUCGAUUCCUUACGCAGAGUCACUAUAGGUAGGAAAGGUGUGCCCGUAACGUUGGGAAGUUCCUAUAAGAACAUCGGAGUGCAGCCUUUAAUGGACAGCGUCAUUCUCUAUCUGCCGUCGCCGACAAAUUUAGAUCAACUGAAUCCGUAUCGAUAUUUCGCAAACAAUCUGGCAGCCAGAGUCUUCAAGAUUGUUCACGAUAAGCAGAGAGGACCAAUCACAUUUUUCAGAAUCUAUUCCGGUAACAUGAAGAAGGGUCAGAAGCUGUACAAUGUGACGCGCGAGCAAAGCGAGCAGUGUACUCGCCUGUACGUCGCUUGCGCCGACGAUUAUAAGGAAAUGGCCGAAGUCAGUUACGGCAAUAUCGCUGCUGUAAGUGGGCUGAAGAGUACUAUCACGGGCGACUUGGUGACGGCGAGCGCAUCUGUAGCCAACCGCGCUAAACAGUCCAUGCUGGAGGAGAAUCCGAACCGGCUGGACUACGUGGACAAUUUCUUUGCAUCCGGAGUGAAAUUGCUCGAUCCCGUUUUCUUCUGUUCUAUAGAACCGCCCUCUCUCUCAGCGCAGUCCGCCCUGGAGACCGCUCUUCAGGAACUGCAGAGGGAGGAUCCUAGCUUGCACGUGAAGAACGAUCUAGAGACGGAACAGAUCGUUCUCGGCGGGAUGGGAGAGCUGCACAUAGAUAUCAUUAAGCAAAGAAUUAGGACUGAAUAUAAGAUCGACGUGGAUCUAGGUCCCUUGCAAAUCGCUUAUAAGGAAACGAUUCAAGAUCCCGUCAAAGAUACGCUAUCCGUGGAGCACAGGGUGGGCCAAACGACGCACAAAGUUACCAUCACUAUGUCCUUAAUACCUAAUUACGAGGGCAAGACGAAACUGCUUCUGGACAGGUCUUCAGAAACUGCUUCGAAUAUCGACAGUAUUCACCCGCGGGUGAUGAGCGCGAUUAAAAACGGCGUGAACGCCGCAUUGUUACACGGUCUGAAAUUAAGUUGUCCGGUGAUUAAUGUUGGCGUCAAACUCCACUGGCUGGAGGUAGCGCGCGGUACCUCGGAUACCAUUGUUUCUGCUGCUGCCUUGCAAUGCAUUCGAAAGUUACUUCAAGAAGGAAAUAGCGUGUUGCUGGAGCCUAUGAUGCAACUGGAAAUCGUUGCACCAGAGGAAUAUUCACCGAAAAUCAAUGCUGAUCUUACUCGUAGACGAGCGGUAGUACAACAAAUUGAUAUGCGUGGCAAUAAUAAGGUGAUCCGAACUCUCGCGCCAUUAUCGGAAUUAUUGGGAUAUUCAACAGCGCUGAGAAUCAUCACAUCGGGCAACGCGACGUUCUCAUUGGAAUUUAGUCACUAUCAAUUAAUGACCCCUAUCAACGAAGAAGAAGCUAUCGAAAAAAUUAGAGGAUUCUGAAAUGAAUAGUACGAACAAAGAGAUAAUAUUACCGAAAGUACAAUUUCACUUCGUUUUAUUGACUCAAUCUAAUCAAAAUAUAUUGCAACAUUAUCA